CCCAAAUUUAAAUGGGACAAGUUUGGGGUUUUUAUUUAAUUUCGUAAUUUGGGAUGCGUUCGGAUAGUAAGAUUUUUGACGGAUUCUGAUACUGGGCAAAUUUUGUGGGUGUAGCGGCCCUAGUUCAAGCGGCCGCGACCGAUCUCUCUCCUCCUCUAAUGGCGUUUCGAACCCUGAGAUUUCUGGGUUUUGUCCCCCCUCUUUGCAGAACCACGUACCCUUUCUUUCCCUCUUUCUCCCCUCGGUUUCUCUCCAUAAAUCUCCUCGAGGAGGCUUCAAGUGCCUUCGAACCAUCACGUCCCAUGGUGUCCGAGCGACUCGUCCUCGAAGAGCUCUCCGAUCUCCUCUCGAUCGACCUUAAAACCUCGAAUCCUCGCCCUUUUGCGGCGAAUCCAGCUCGAGAGUCGCCUCCAGCAUGCGUCGGGGAUCGCCUCCUCUCAGCUGAGGAGAAGCUCAGAGGGGUUUUCCUUCAAAAACUUAGAGGUAAAUCCGCUGUCGAAUUCGCCCUGUCAUCGACCGGUGUUGAUGUCACGGCAGAUAUCUUCGCAGAUGUAUUGAACAGGGGAAAUUUAGGAGGUGCGGCGAUGGUUUUGUUCUUUAAUUGGGCAGUAGAGCAGCCAAAUAUGUCGUCUUGCGUUGAAACCUAUAAUGUAAUGCUGAAGGCAUUGGGAAGAAGAAAAUUUUUUGAGUUUAUGGAAGAAAUAUUGGUUCAGAUGAAGAACAAUGCGAUCGAACCCAAUUCAGAAACUUUAGAGAUUGUAAUGGAUAGCUUUGUAAGGGCUCGACAAGUGUUUAAGGCACUUCACUUAUUCAGUAGAUUGGAAGAGAUUGGAGCUAAAUCUGAUUCGGUGUCACUUUAUAUACUGGUAAAGUGUCUCUGUCGUAGAUCUCAUGUCAAGGUUGCUAGUUCUUUCUUCAACAGAAUGAAAGGAAAAUUACCCACUGAUAACAUGUCAUAUAAUGAAAUCAUUGGUGGGUGGGCCAAGUUUGGUAGAGUUGACAAAAUUGAGAGUUAUUGGACAAUGAUGAUGGCUGAAGGAUUGAACCCUGAUAACGUUACAUAUAAUCACCUUAUUGAGGCAUUAGGAAGAGUUGGCCGGACUGAUGAUGCUAUUCAUGUCUUUGAGAAGAUGGAGGAGAAAGGUUGUGCUCCAGAUACCAUGGCUUAUAAUGCGAUGAUUUCUAAUUUUAUUUCAGUUGGAGAUUUGGAUAAGUGUAUUCAAUACUACAAGGAUAUGUCUGAAAAGAAUUGUCUGCCAGAUAUUCAUACAUAUAACAAAUUGAUUAGUGCUUUCCUUAAAGUUAGAAGGGUGGCAGAUGCUCUUGCAAUGUUUGAUGAGAUGUUGAACCAAGGAAUUCUGCCUAAUACUGGCAUGAUUACUGAUUUCAUUGAGCCUUUGUGUAGUUUUGGACCACCUCAUGCUGCUAUGAUGAUUUAUAAAAAAAGUACAAAAGUAGGUUGUAAAUUGUCUAUGAAAGCUUAUAAGCUUUUGCUGAUGAGGCUUUCGAGGUUUGGUAAAUGUGGGAUGGUGCUGAAGAUCUGGGAGGAGAUGCAAGAGAGUGGUUAUGCUUCUGAUAAGGAGGUUUACAAGUUUAUCAUCAAUGGACUUUGCAAUGUAGGGCAGGUUGACAAUGCUGUGCUUGUGAUGGAGGAGUCACUGCAAAAAGGCUUGUGUCUUGGAAAGGUUGUUUAUAGCAAACUGAACAGAAAAUUGCUGGAGAUGAAUAAGGUGGAGACUGCAUACAAGCUUUUUCUGAAGGUCAAAGUUGCACGAGUUAAUGCAAACACACAGAAUUUUUGGCGUGCUAAUGGUUGGCAUUUUUGAGCUUGGCAUCCAAUUCUACUUGUUCCUCUGCAGUCAUCAUCUCCUGGAAAUAUCACUGCCUUCCUUUAUCCAGCGAGCUAUUUCAAUAGAAGCUUGGUUGAGAGACAUAUUGGAUUAUAAUUUUAAUUCAUCUCAAGCUUUUGCAGUUAUACAUGGCACCUGUAUAAGCUAGAGGUAGUCUAAUCUGGAUCCAUAUUGACCGGUAGCAUGCCUCAUCUUUCAUUUUCUCAUAACAAAUACAGUUGGAAUUGUCACGACAAGCAGCCUUCUCAAGUAAUUGAUGUUCGUGAUAUCUUCAUCAAGAGGUGCAGAACAUGGGUUCUUUUAUGAUAUGCUUGCAUCCUCAUAUUUUUGCUAUUGGCCCUCAUUCUUUACUGGUAAAGAGUUUGUGGUGAUUAUGCCAACAUUUGAAGUGCAACUUGAAAUUCAUUUCUGGAGAUAAACAGGAGCCCUGCUGUUGCAUUCAGCCUCUUCUUCUACCCAUUUAAGACAUUCUAGGAGAUCGAACUUGGCUACAGAGGUCUGGGCUGUAUUGAAACCAGUGUUCCUGGCUUUACUGGAGGAUCCUUUUGAUACAAAACUAGCAGACAUUCUUGUUUUUGAUGUGCUGCCAUCUUCUGAUGGAAAUGGUGAAGGCAGGGUUCUUCUAGCAAAAGAGACAAGGGAACAUAAUCCUUUGUGUUUUGGAUUUCAGGUUGGUUUCGGUGUACCUUUACCCAAUGUUCCCCCCCCGCAAUGCAUACCAUUUGAUAUCAGUAUUGUAUGCUAUGCCCGAUAUGCACUGAUCAUCUCCUGGAAAUAUCACUGCCUUCCUUUAUCCAGCGAGCUAUUUCAAUAGAAGCUUGGUUGAGAGAGAUUGGAUUAUAAUUUUAAUUCAUCUCAAGCUUUUGCAGUUAUACACGGCACCUGUAUAAGCUAGAGAUAGUCUAAUCUGGAUCCACAUUGACCGGUAUAGCAUGCCUCAUCUUUCAUUUUUCAUAAUAAAUACAGUUGGAAUCAGCACGACUGGAAGCAGCCUUCUCAAAGUAAUUGAUGUUCGUGAUAUCUUCAUCAAGAGGCGCAGAACAUGGGUUCUUUUAUUAUGUGCUUGCAUCCUCACAUUUUUGCUAUUGGCCAUCUUUCUUUACUGGUAAAGGUACCUAGUUAUCACUCUGCUGCAUUCAUGUACUCUAACAUUUGCCUUAUUACUAGUAGCAUUUUGUGGAAUGAGACCUAUGACUGUACUGUCAUAAUAGAAGCCCAAACUAGUUUUAGGAUUUCAUAGGUAUAGUCUUGCUCAUGUGCUAGUGUAAUGUUGCUGUGAUUGCUGUGAAGUUGGUUUAUGGCAUGACUUUAACAGGAAAAUUUGUCUCCCACCUUUUUUGGACUACUCUUUUGGGUGCUCUUCUUGCCAAACAUGUGCAGUACAAGCCAGUUGAAAAAGGUAAGUGGGAGAAUUGUGCACCACUUUGUCCUGAUUGAGAAGAUUCUGAGGUCCGUAUUAAAUGAAUGUGACUCCCGUAACUUCUUACUGGAGUUGGCUUUGAUUCUAUGCGACGGACUUAUGUUACUUUUUGAGGUCACUAUUCAUAAGUACGCUACUACAUCAAGCAUUCUGGGCAGCUGCUAAGAGCUUGAAUGAAACCCGUAGGAAAUGCAACCUCCUUUGCAAACGUUGGUUCCUGUGUGGAGGGCCAUGUGUACUGCUACCAAUUGCAGCGAAGAAAUUAUUGAAGCUCGCAUGCGACGGGAACACUUUGCGACUAAUGUAAGUUCUGGCACACCAAGGGAGAUUGAUCAUAUCUCAGAAGUUAAAUAGCAGUGCUAUAUGCUGCAUAUUGCAAAGCAAAUGUUGUUGCAUAUGUAGAUUAGCAUGUCAUUCUGUGGAACCAACCUGUGUUCGGUGCAGCUUGUUUAUAGACAAAAAGAGAGGCGCAAACUCUUGAGGAACGUGGUUCCUUUCAAUGAUCACCGAUGAGUUUAAGAUGCUAUAUAUACAGUUUGGUUUGUCUUCAGCGCUAACGGGCUGAGGCUGAUAGUUCAGUAGUAAACUUUUACCCUUUUUAACCCUCCUGAAAUUAUGUAUACUAUUUUUCUUUUUACAUCCCCCGGUCCCCGCUGCCCGGCCUUUUUCUUUUCUUUUAAUUUUUUUAUUUUAUGAAGUGAGAGGCCAAGUUAUGUAUCCUAAUAUCCUGUUGAACUCUUGUAUUAAGAUAGAAGGCAAAAUAACAUUCUCUGGCUAACACGUA